AUGGGAACUCCAAAUGAUCAGGCAGUGUUGCAAGCCAUCUUCAACCCAGACACCCCAUUUGGAGAUGUUACUGGGUUAGACCUGGGAGAGGAAGUAGAUGAAGAUGGAAUUUUCCCUCAAGAACAGCUGGAGCAGUCCAAGGCCCUGGAGCUCCAGGGGGUAAAAGCAGCAGAAGCUGGGGACCUCAGCACCGCCCUGGAGAGGUUUGGGCAAGCCAUCUGCCUGCUGCCUGAGAGGGCCUCUGCCUACAACAAUCGCGCUCAGGCCCGGAGACUCCAGGGAGAUGUGGCAGGCGCCCUGGAGGACCUGGAGCGCGCGCUGGAGCUGAGCGACGGACGAGGCCGCGCUGCUCGCCAGGGCUUCGUGCAGCGGGGGCUCCUGGCGCGUCUGCAGGGCCGAGACGACGACGCCCGCAGGGACUUCGAGCGGGCCGCGCGGCUUGGAAGCCCUUUUGCGCGGCGCCAACUGGUGCUGCUCAAUCCUUACGCCGCACUCUGCAACCGCAUGCUGGCCGACAUGAUGGGACAGCUGCGCGGCACCCGCAACGGGCGCUGA